CCGAAUUGUAUGAAUCGACAAACAAUUCUCCAUGAAAUUGGACAUGCAAUUGGAUUCUAUCAUGAACACAAGCGCCCUGACCGAGAUCAGUAUAUCACAGUACUUGAAGAGAAUAUAAAAGACAAUAAGAGGUACAAUUUUGAAAAAUCUAAUGAAAUUGAUACGUACGGCUUGCCAUAUGAUUAUACAAGUAUCAUGCAUUAUAAAGAGAACGAUCCAUAUUUCCAAAACAUUAUUGGCAAUACCCAAGGCCUGAGUAAUUAUGAUAUUCAGCUUGCCAACCUGAUGUACAACUGUAG